AAGAAUUAUACUAUAAUUGAUUUAGGGCAGGAUUUGUUGUUUAUUUUAUUUUAAAAUCAAUAAUUAUAAAUGGAUGAUCCUCAAUAAGAUGUUGACGCUUAGACUAUUUUCAUAAAAAAGAAGCUAUUUUCAUCUGCAUUUGGCUCACCUGUUAGCUAGAGAAAUAGCUUGGUCUAAUUUUAUUCUAUUUCACAACAAAAUUAUCAAUAGAAUAAUUAGAUGGAUACAAUAAGAUAGCUUUUUAACAGGCCUGCAGAGGCGAUACUAGAAAAGUUCAAUCAGAAGAAGUUGGGAUCAAUUAGCAUAAUUAAAAGAGAUUCUGUUUAUAAAGUAAAUAGCUCCGCUGCAAAUGAUUUUUCUAAGGACUACUCAAUAGAAAUCAGCAAAAAUAAUAUUUUUCCUUCACCUGACAAUAAUUAUUUAGAAAUGAUACUGUUAAAAUAACCAUAAUAAAGAAAGAUAAAAGAACUUGAAUUUGUAUAGGAAUGUUUGAAAUAGCUAGAAAUAUUUUAAAGCUGGCACGAAAAUCAAUCCAUGCAAUGCUCAGAUUCCGCUACUAUAGAGCAGCAGCUUGAAGAAGAAUACUAAAACUUACUUAUAUAUAAGUACAUUAAUUAUCGCUCUUAUACCAAAUACGAAUGUAUUUUCAACUAAGACGAGCCCUCAAGAGAAUGCUUUACUAUAUUUAAAGGAUAAGCUUUAGUUUUACAAAAGGCUCACUCAAAGAAAGAUUAAAAAUCAGAGUUUUAAAUUUUAUAAAUUCUUCACCUAUAUGAUAUCAGCAGAGAAGAGUAUGACAAAAUAAGUGAGUUAUUUCCGCAUCAAAUAAUCACAGGCAAAAUAAAGGAAGGAAGAUUGUUUGGUGAAAUCGAGCUUUAUUUUAAGGAACCUAGAGCAAUGACUGUUUUAUGCAUUUCAGAUCAUAUGGGUGUUGGAUACUUUGAUUUAAAAUCUUUUAAAUUAACUCUGCAGGCUUAAGUUAAUAGACAAAAAGAUAUGCUCUUAGAAUUCUUUAAAAAAAUGUCUUUAUUUAAAGGUGUCCAAGAGAACUAUUUGAAAAUAUUAGUUUCUAAAUGUGAGGUAGUUAAAAAGAAUAUUAAAGCAUUAGUUUACAAACAAAAUGAUCCAAUAGAUUAUGUAUAUUUUAUCAUAAGUGGGGAAGUAGAAUUAACACAUGUUGUUAAUAGUGUUAAACUUAACAAUCUAUCAAAGUCCAGAGAUAAUUCUACUGAUAAAGCCAUGAAAUCAUUUGAAAAAUCCUACCACUAAGUUUAAAAUUAGGAAUCUGAAGAUUUCUAUGAUAUUGAGAAAGAUAUCAUAGCCAAUGUUAAGGAGGCAAUUUAGCUUAACAUGUUUUACAAGCCUUAGAAAAGAAUCAUAUAAAAUAAUACAAACAAUUUGGAUAAUUAGAUAGAAAAGCAUUUAAAGCAGCUGCAGUAUUUAGCAGAAGAGAAAUAAUAUAAUUACAUUAAUGCGAAGAAUAACACCAAAAGUAAAAUAUCUACAAUUCUAGGUUAAUAUGAAAUAUUUGGUGAACAACUUGAAGACUAUGAAAAAAGAAACAACACAGCUAAAAUUAUAAGCUCUUCAGUCAAAUUAGCAAGGAUAAAAAGCUCAGUAUUUUUUGACAUAAUUGUCAAUUAAUUUUCAAAGCUCUACCCAUAAAUUGAUAUCAUAAAAGCCCUGCAAAUAAAAAACAAAUAAUUCUAAAAGCAUAAAGAACAAAAGAUGAUACCAAGAGAUUAGAUUUUAGUUAUGAUUUAAACACAGUAAAAAAUAGAAAUUUAAAAUGAUUAAUAUAAAAAGUAUGAAGCAGAAGUUUCAAGCACUUCUCUACAGGCUGUGUUGGAAAAUAUAUUUUAAUAAAAAAAGCUAUCAACGAAUAAGAAAAAAAAGGAAAUUAAAAAUGAUAAAAAUAAUAUGAAUAAUAUGUGCUAGUAGUAGGAUAAUAACUAUUCUAGUUAAAAAAAUUUUAGAACAAGGGUUUUAAGCAGCCAUAAUUAAUAAGAUAGUGACUAAGAUUCAUUAAAUCCAAGCUCGCCAGUAUCUACUGCAUUUUCCACUCAAAAGGUAUCUUAUGAUGAAGUCAAGGAUUACAAAUUCAAAUUGUUAAAUUAGCAAACAGGAGGAGAAUCUAAAUCAAGCAAUAAAUUAUUUAAUAAUUAAAGAGAUUAACCAAGUAGCUUUACUCCUGUUGAUAUCACUUUUGAUAAAAAUGUCAUUAGAGGUCAUACUAGCUAAUCUAAAUAAAGAGGUUCUCUUUCUUCUUUUUCAAGUGCUUUUAAUAAUAGCAUUAAUUAAACUAACAUUACUCAAAAUUAAUUGUCUUCUAAAAUAACUAAUUAAGAAACCAACAGCAAUUUUUUAAUGUCCAACUCUACAAAUGGACUUUCUUCUCCUAAAUCUAGCAAAAUCUCUCAAAGACCUUACAGUAAAAGCACAUAAUUUUAUUCUAAAUCUGCAACUAACAAAGAUAGUAUAAAAUUUGACUUUUCCUCUCUCUAAGUCAAAAAAUCUCUAUUGCAAAUUCCUACUUCACCUUUAAAUAUUAACAUUCAACACUAGGAUAACAAUUAAAAUAUAGUUUAAAGCUCAAGUGAAUUCCCUAAAGACAAAAGCGAUAAUAACAAAAGUUAUAAAAUAAAAUUAAACCCUACUCGCAGGUCUAAAUCUAAUCCACACUCCAGCAAUAGCAACGUUGGAGAAAUAAAUUAAUAAUAAUAAUAAUAAUAAUAAUAAAAGUUAAAUGAAGUUUAAAAUAUAUCAAAUAAAAAUUCUAAUAUUUUUGAUGUUCUUUAUCCUAAUAUUGUAAAUUAAGUCAAUAGAUAAAUUGGGGUGCUCAAAAGCUGUUAAUAAUUAUCUCAUGCAGACCCUAAGCUAACUCAAGUAAGAAAGCCUUGUAUAAAUACAUUACACUUCAAUACAAGCAAAGAAAGAGAAAUUAAUUAAAACUUAAAUUCUCCGAAUGACAAAAAAGUUUAAAUAAAUUAGACAAAAACUUUAGGAAGAUUUUUCACUCCUUAAAAAGCAUCUGAAAAAUUGAUGAAAUCUAAAGAAAUAGGAUUAGAUCCUUUAACUUAGUAGUAAGAACAAGAGAAAUAAGCUGAAAAGUAAGAUAUAGAAUUGCUCUCUUAGUAGAUGUGCAUUACUUAUAAACAUCUUAGAUUAGAUAAAAUGUUUCCAAAAAGUUAGCAAACCAAGAAAGCAUAAUAGUAUUUUAAGGAGUCUGCUAAUGAAUUUAAAGCAAAAAUUAAUUUUGACAAAAUGCAAAUUAAAAUAAAAAAUUAACCUGUAUCAUAUAUCGACUAUAUAGAACAAAAGUUUAUACUAACUCCUCAAAAACAUACAGAAGACAACAAAGACAAUAAAGACAAUAACAAUCACUUAGAUAAUUUUAAUUUUAUUCAAAAAAACAUCUCUUGA